CCCAAAUCUCAAUCCCCAUUUCUCUCUCAAAUAUGAUCAUUAUUAAUAAUUCCACUUCUAACUUGUCCCUUCCACCAGUGGAUGAUGCCAAAUUCCUGCAGGAAUACAUAUUUCCUUUCUCUUCUCAUCCUAUUCCCGAUUCUACCACCUCAAUAUGCUUCUUUCCUUCUCCUAACUUCCUCGAAUCUGCAAUUCAGAGAAGCCCCCCAGUUCUAUAACUCCCGACUCUGCCCCUCUCUCCCCGCCGACACUCCGGUCUCCGGCCGCCGGCUCUGUUUUGACGACGCCGUGCACGUCGCCAUGACCCUCGAUUCAGCUUACCUCCGGGGAUCAAUGGCCGCCAUUCUCUCCAUUCUCCAACACUCUUCUUGCCCGGAAAAUAUUGUCUUCCACUUCGCCGCCUCUGCCUCCGCCGCCGACUUGUCUUAUCUCAACCUCACCGUGUCGAAGUCGUUCCCUUACCUCCGUUUCCAAAUAUACCCUUUUGACGACUCCGCCGUCGCCGGCCUCAUCUCGACUUCCAUUAGGGACGCUCUGGAUUGCCCCCUCAACUACGCGCGAAACUACCUCGCCGGUCUACUCCCGACAUGCGUCCGGCGAGUGGUUUACCUCGACUCCGACCUCGUACUUGUCGACGACAUCGCCGAGCUGGCGGCCACGCCUUUGCUCGACGGACAAGUUCUCGCCGCGCCGGAGUAUUGCAACGCGAACUUCACGGCCUACUUCACGCCGACGUUCUGGUCCAGCCCUUCUCUGUCUUUGACGUUGGCAAACAGAGAGGCGUGCUACUUUAAUACGGGAGUAAUGAUGAUCGACCUGGAGAGGUGGAGGGAGGGAGAUUUCACGACCAAAAUUGUAGAAUGGAUGGAGCUCCAGAAGAGGAUCAGGAUCUACGAGCUGGGAUCCUUGCCGCCGUUCUUGCUGGUGUUCGCCGGCAACAUAGCUCCGGUGGAUCACAGAUGGAACCAGCACGGGCUCGGGGGAGAUAACUUCCGAGGUGUCUGCCGGGACUUGCACCCCGGUCCGGUGAGCCUAUUGCACUGGAGCGGCAAGGGUAAGCCUUGGGCUCGACUCGACGCCGGCCGCCCUUGUCCGCUGGACGUUCUUUGGGCACCUUAUGAUCUCCUGGAAACGCCUUACUUUCAUGAUGAAUCAUGAUUAUAGCUUGAUUAGUGCAUAUAUACUUCGUACAAUACAAUCGUAUAUGGUGUAUACGUCCAUGCAUGUAUAUUAAUUUUAUAAUCUAAUUCCAAAAAUAGGCCAUACUGAAUGCACAAGUGCCUCAAUUGGUUGAGGACGAUUGCUAGCAC